AUGUCUUCGACGCAAACCCUGUCGGCCAUUGGGGGGAACGCCUCGUCGGGAGUGCCGACUGGUGUGCAGUCCUCGCAAGCCGUAGACCACGAGAAGAUCUAUCAGUGGAUCAUUGAGUUGUCGAACGGCGAGACCCGAGAGAACGCGUUGUUAGAGUUGAGCAAAAAGCGUGAAGUGGUUCCCGAUUUGGCCACAAUGUUGUGGCACUCGUUUGGGGCGAUCGCCGCACUCCUCCAAGAGAUCAUUACAGUGUAUCCCACGAUAAACCCGCCGACUCUGACCGCCCAUCAGUCCAAUCGGGUGUGCAAUGCGUUGGCGUUACUGCAGUGCGUGGCCUCACACCAGGAAACCCGCACCGCCUUCUUGUCGGCCAAUAUCCCGCUCUUUCUCUACCCAUUCCUUCACACGACCUCCUCGUCGAAGACGCGUCCCUUCGAGUACUUACGGCUCACCAGUCUUGGAGUGAUCGGCGCUCUCGUCAAGACUGACGAACAACAAGUGAUCAACUUUUUGCUCACCACCGAAAUCAUACCGCUUUGUCUUCGUAUUAUGGAAAGCGGUUCCGAAUUGUCCAAAACUGUGGCCACAUUUAUACUGCAGAAGAUCCUAUUGGACGAGACCGGCCUCUCCUAUAUCUGCCAGACGUACGACCGCUUCUCACACGUGGCGAUGAUUUUAGGCAAAAUGGUUUUGUCGUUGGCUAAGGAACAGUCCGCUCGACUCCUUAAACAUGUCAUCCGAUGCUAUCUCCGACUGUCGGACAAUCCACGGGCCAGAGAAGCGCUGCGACAGUGUCUUCCGGAUCAGCUCAAAGACAACACAUUUGCCAAUUGUCUUAAAGACGACAAAUCGACCCGCAAUUGGUUGCAGCAGUUGAUUAAGAAUCUGGAUCAGAGUCCGGGUGGUCUUGACUCGCAGGCACAAGAAGCGCUGCGACAGUGUCUUCCGGAUCAGCUCAAAGACAACACAUUUGCCAAUUGUCUUAAAGACGACAAAUCGACCCGCAAUUGGUUGCAGCAGUUGAUUAAAAAUCUGGAUCAGAGUCCGGGGGGUCUUGACUCGCAGGCACAGUAA